AUGCCGUCCAUGAUUGAGGUAGGAAUGCCAGUAGCCCAGCCUGUGGGCGAUCCUACCAAACUAGUACCCGCACAAACCCCUCGUCAAACCAGCACACUAAAAAUGAAUCACUUUGGUAUUGAAGUCGUUGAUAGUAUUGUUUGGCAAGGUUGGGAACCAGGAAGAGAAUACACCAAGAACAUAAUUCUCAAAAAUGUUCAUAUCAAAACACAGAAAGUCAAAUACAAAAAUCCCAGCAGUCGUUUUUUCACCACUCUAUACCCAAAACCUGUGGUGUUGAGCGCAGGAACAAGCUUCUCUUUGCCAGUUACCUUCAGACCAUUGGAGAAGGUCUUGUAUGAAGAUAAGAUUGAGUUUCAGACAAAGGAUGGAACAUUUGAGGUUCCAAUACGAGCUGUCCUGCCUGAAGUGGAUAUUGAAGUGCCAUCUUUCUUGGACUUUAGCAUGUGCGCUGCUAAGGAUAUUGUGGAGAGUAACUUUCAAGUCUCCAACACUGGAGAUCUGGAAACACACGUGCAGUGGAAAUGUGGUGACCCAUUCACCAUCGAACCUGUUAGUGCUAUCCUUAAGUCAAACACCUCUAAGUCCUUCAAAGCCACAUUUAAACCUGGAAAUGCCUGUGUGUACCAAGGUGAAGCUGUUUGUAUGUAUGGACCUGACCUGAGCCUUGGAAAAGUCACAAAGCUAGAAGGAAUUGGUAAAUAUCCUCACAUCCUGGUGUCAAGUCCAGGAAAGCCUGCAGCAACUUUAACUCAGGAGAACUUAGAGUCAAAUGUCCAAUUUGGUCCCACUCCUGUAGGCUCGACAACACAAAAGUGGGCGGAGCUUCAUAACUUGGCCCCGGUGAGAGCACCUUACAAGGUUGAACAUCCAUCCAACACCAGGAUAGAUACAGUGUUCGAUUGUCCUCAGAAAACUGGUAUUGUUCCACCUAUGGGAUCUGUAAAGAUUCCGUUUACCUACAGUCCUAACACAGUUGACACUACCAGCAUCGACUAUUUCAAUGUCGUUGCUAUUGGCAACGUCAGUAAGAGUGUCAUCAGGUGUAGUGGAUCUUCUAAAGGUCCAACAGUACAGCUCAGCUCCAAGGUAGUGAACUUCAUGCAGAUUGAUAUCGGUGAGGUUGGCACAAGAACAGUGGACCUCGUCAACACAUCUGAUGUUGAGGCAGUUUACCAGUUCAUGAUUGACUGCAAUGAGAGUGUUUUCAAGUUUGAGAAAAUAUCUGGAGUGUUACGCCCAAACACAAAGUCAACAAUCAUCCUCAAGUUUCAUCCUCAACAUCCAAUCAACUAUCACCGACAAGUCACAUGUAUGAUUCAUAACCAGGGACCACUAUUCCUUGAUCUGUUGGGUACCUGCCAUGCUGAAAUGGUCAAACCAGCUGUACUUUUGGGCAAGCAUUUGGGUUUUUACAAAGCUCAUGUACAACGUGGACUUUCUGUCUAUCCUCCUGAGCAACUGAAUGAUCUAGCAAAGACUGGGAAAUUACAUCCUGAUGAAAAUGGAGCUCUGUCGAUUUCAGAGGUAAAAUUCAGGAAAUAUGAUUGGCCUGUGAAAAUCAUAAUUCCAGAUGGGGUAAAGAAUUUUGGAGAGUCGGUGGACAAAACCGUGACUGUACCAGAAGAACUUCCCGUCAUGGACCAGUAUUUUAAUGAUGGUUACCAUAGCGACGUGGUGCAAUUCGUACCCCAUAUUAGCAUGGACAUAAACAACGUUGACUUUGGAAAAUGUCAGAACAUUCGACUGGUAGAAGACAAGCUCCUGAAUGUUACAAAUCACACCCAUGGUAAAGUCACUGUCCAGUGGAUUGGGGGUUCAGAUAGGACUUUCUAUGUGACACCAUCUGUGAUGGACAUUCCUCCCCUGAAAUCCUGUGCAUUCCAAGUGUCCUUCAAGCCUAAUGCCCCUAACCAGUUUUAUGGCGCGGAGUUAGAAUGUUAUACUUACUACAAGAGUCUGAGAGACUACCGUUUGGUGGAGGAUACAACACAUUGUCCUCCAUGGUGCUCCACUCUCACCUGUACAGGUCAUACAUUCCAGCCAAAUAAUGAAACAUUCCUGCCACGUUUGAAUCUGGAUGUACAGCGCCUUACAUUCCCUGCUGUGAACACAAAAGAAUCCACAUAUCGCACUCUCCUCCUCACAAACAAUGGCACCACUCCUAUAUUCUAUGAUGUGGAGAAAGAUCCAACCUGUGUUUAUGCUGUGAAGCCCGCCAAAGCAUUACUGAAGGGCGAGCAUCAGAUCUUUGUAGUGAAGAUCACACCACCGGAAGUGAAGACCUAUAAACAUGCCCUUAACUUUAAACUUAAUGACAAUGAAAAAUACAACAAGUCUAUCCAGCUGUGGGGAUCUGCUGAAGCUCCUCUUGUUCUCCUGGAUACAGAAGGAAACAUGUUCUUCAAACAAACCUGUAUCGGAACUGCAUCAUGUAAAUCUUACACAAUUAAGAACCUGUCCCGUAUUCCUCUCAGGUAUGAGUGGCAUUUAAAACACGCUGACAGAAAACUCCUGACAGUAACACCUGACAGAGGGAUUAUACAGCCAAAUGAAACUCAGUGUCAGAAAUGGUCGUUUGUUCCUGAUGCUGAGAAGAAGUUUGUGAUGAAGCCCUCUCUUAUCGUGUGGGGUCAGGGAUUCAGUAGUAGCUCGUCUGGGGGAAAGAAGAAGCAGUUUGCUGUACGUGCUGUAGGGGAAGGAACCUUGGGUGAUAUCAAGGCAGAGCAAGCUUACCUUGACUUUGGAGAUGUUGUGGUCGGGAGUUCGGCCUCCAAGACCAUCGUCAUCACCAAUGACAGUUCUUGUUCCCUUCAUUACAAGCUUUUUAUUGACCAAACUUUGGAUGGACCUUAUCCUGAGGAGGUGACACGCGAUGACAAAAUCGCUCUGAUACUCGAAAAGACUGAGGGUAUCUUGCCAGCAAGAUCCAAACAGACCAUCAUGGCGUCCGUGUGUCCGGUUCGGAGGUCAACCUACCAAUUUGCCAUCUCCUAUCAAUUAAUUACACCUGAGGGUACAAUUACCCACAAUGCAGCAAAAGAGCCACAACAUCUGUGUCAUGUGCUGACAACAGGAGUUUUCCCAUUCAUGUGUGUCACUGAUGCACGCUGUUAUGGUAGUGCUAUUGGCAUCAGUAAAAAACAAUUGUGGGGUUUAUUUUCACUGGACAAUUUGAAUGUCAGUCUGGACUCGGAUCCCUCUUCAGAAGAAUUAAGAUACAGUGUGGCAACCAGACACAGCCAUAGUCGUCGUCCUCCAGUCUACACCAGGGCUAUCCUUGACUUCAACUUCAGCUCCGCUCCACUCAACAGUGACCCUUGUAUUGUGAAUUUGAUGUUCGAGAACUCUGGCACUGUCGCUACUGAGUGGGCUUUCCUGUUCCCUGCUGACCUUCAACUGGAGCUAGAGUACUGGGCAGAGACUGGAGAGUUUGAUGAAGAUGAACUCCACGAGAUGAAGGUGAUGGACAACAAGCUAUUCACAAUUGAACCUAAAACUGGCAAGUUGGCUCCUGGAGAAUGCAAAACUGUCACCCUUACAUACAAACACACCAUGGCGGGUACAGAUCGACUCCCAGUCCUACUGAAGCUGGCUCGUGGACGGGAAAUCUUGCUAAACUUUGUUGGUGUGACGGUAGAGCCAGAGAGGAGGUAUAUUCAUUUCCCAUCCAAUAAACACAUGUUUACUCCAAUCCCUGUGGGAGAGAAGAACGCCCCUAAACAGACAUAUGAUAUGUACAACGGUGGAGCUGUACCUGUCAAGUUCCAUAUUGAUCUGGCACCUUUGGAUCUUCUGAAAAAGGAGAAUUACGACCAGCCCAUCUUUGAAUGCCUAAACCCUGUUGGAGAGAUUCAACCUGGUCGAACACUGGCUGUGGACUGGCGGUUCUCACCCAUUGAAGCUAAAACUUAUAUGGUGGAUGUUCCUAUACAUGUCCAUAAUGGGGACACAGCUAUCGUGACCUUUACUGGGGUCGGAUAUGACCGCCGUGUCAUGGGAGACACCAUGCCCAUUUCUGACCAGCAGGAUCUGACAGGAGUACCUAGUAUACAGAGUGUACCUUUACCUGGACAGCUGGCAUAUCUGUCUCAAGAAAGGCUCUCCUUUGGCAACAUGCCGCUGUUCAGCAGAGCUAGACAGCUCGUGUUUGUCAUCAACAAAUCACGUGACAGAGAUGUGUCCUUUGAAUGGCAUGUCACAGCACAGGCAGACAGUCAAGUAAGUUUAUACCUGUCCAUCUCUCCGGUACGAGGACGCUUGGAACCAGGAGAAAGCAAGAUGUGUAGAAUUGUCUUUGUUGCCUGUAAAGUCCCAUCAUUCUAUGACCUUGACCUUGUAUGUGAGGUGACAGACGAGGUGGAAAUGAGAGACUAUAAACAGCGGCUUCAGAAGUGGGACAAAGAACGGGAGCGACAGAAGUACGAGUUCACUAUCACAGAGAAUGAUUUGGAUGCAGAUAUGCGCCUCCCAAACAACGUGGAGAUUACGGAACGACCAAGUAGUCGCCUCCAAGCCUUGGAAGACAAGAGAAUCGAGAGUGAAGGAGAGCUCACCAAGUAUAAGACAUUACCACCAAUCAAACAGUUGUCUCCAGAUGAAGAGAAAGCUGUGCAGAUCAGUAAGAAUCAGAAAGAGGCUGAGCUGUGGGCCAAGCCAGUCGCACCAAACCCAUUCCUACUCCAUUUAGGUCUGACAGCCCGAACACACGACAUCCGUGAAUUCCAGAUCAACUUCCCGGAGGAAUACAAGAACUUCUAUGUAGACAGAAUGUUGAGUGAGAAGCUGGCAGGACCCAUCGAUCGGGAACAGCAGCAACAGGCAGAUGCGGCCCUUCCCCAGAUCAGUUGUACACAGGCAGAAGCAGAGCUGGUAUCUGGAGUUCUAAGUAACGUCCUCAGAGGCCUACUAGAUGACAAUUACUUCCAAGAUUCUGUGAAGAAGGUCACCAACGAGGCCAUUCCCUACUACAGACAAAUUGGGGAGCCACGAGUUGUCUCUGACCCUGGUCCGUCUCCGACUGGUCAACAGAGUGGACGGUCAAGUGCUGCUUCUCAGUCCCGCAUGUCUCCGAUGUCCUCUGUUGAUGUGACCCUGGAACCCAAAACACUAAGCACUCCAGCAACACCCACAAGUAUACCUCCGGAAUCUUCAAAACAGGAGAGAGGUGAUGACUUACUUAUUGAGUAUGACGACUGUAAAAGCUUACCUCAGAAGGAGAGAGGUGAUGACUUACUUAUUGAGUAUGACGACUGUAAAAGCUUACCUCAGAAGGAGAGAGGUGAUGACUUACUUAUUGAGUAUGAUGACUGUAAAAGCUUACCUCAGAAGGAGAGAGGUGAUGACUUACUUAUUGAGUAUGACGACUGUAAAAGCUUACCUCAGAAGGAGAGAGGUGGUGAGUUAAUUAUUGAGUAUGACGACUGUAAAAGCUUACCUCAGAAGGAGAGAGGUGAUGACUUACUUAUUGAGUAUGACGACUGUAAAAGCUUACCUCAGAAGGAGAGAGGUGAUGACUUACUUAUUGAGUAUGAUGACUGUAAAAGCUUACCUCAGAAGGAGAGAGGUGGUGAGUUAAUUAUUGAGUAUGACGACUGUAAAAGCUUACCUCAGAAGGAGAGAGGUGGUGAGUUAAUUAUUGAGUAUGACGACUGUAAAAGCUUACCUCAGAAGGAGAGAGGUGAUGACUUACUUAUUGAGUAUGAUGACUGUAAAAGCUUACCUCAGAAGGAGAGAGGUGAUGACUUACUUAUUGAGUAUGACGACUGUAAAAGCUUACCUCAGAAGGAGAGAGGUGAUGAGUUACUUAUUGACUUACCUCAGAAGGAGAGAGGUGGUGAGUUAAUUAUUGAGUAUGACGACUGUAAAAGCUUACCUCAGAAGGAGAGAGGUGGUGAGUUAAUUAUUGAGUAUGACGACUGUAAAAGCUUACCUCAGAAGGAGAGAGGUGAUGACUUACUUAUUGAGUAUGAUGACUGUAAAAGCUUACCUCAGAAGGAGAGAGGUGAUGACUUACUUAUUGAGUAUGACGACUGUAAAAGCUUACCUCAGAAGGAGAGAGGUGAUGAGUUACUUAUUGAGUAUGACGACUGUAAAAGCUUACCUCAGAAGGAGAGAGGUGGUGAGUUAAUUAUUGAGUAUGACGACUGUAAAAGCUUACCUCAGAAGGAGAGAGGUGAUGACUUACUUAUUGAGUAUGAUGACUGUAAAAGCUUACCUCAGAAGGAGAGAGGUGAUGACUUACUUAUUGAGUAUGACGACUGUAAAAGCUUACCUCAGAAGGAGAGAGGUGAUGACUUACUUAUUGAGUAUGACGACUGUAAAAGCUUACCUCAGAAGGAGAGAGGUGAUGACUUACUUAUUGAGUAUGACAACAGUAAAAGCUUACCUCAGAAGGAGAGAGGUGACGAGUUAAUUACUGAGUAUGACAACAGUAAAAGCUUACCUCAGGAGAGAGGUGAAGAGCUAAUUACUGAGUAUGACGACUAUAAAAGCUUACCUCAGAAGGAGAGAGGUGACGACUUACUUAUUGAGUAUGACGACUGUAAAAGCUUACCUCAGAAGGAGAGAGGUGACGACUUACUUAUUGAGUACGACGACUGUAAAAGCUUACCUCAGAAGGAGAGAGGUGACGACUUACUUAUUGAGUAUGACGACUAUAAAAGCUUACCUCAGAAGGAGAGAGGUGAUGACUUACCGACUGUAAAAGCUUACCUCAGAAGGAGAGAGGUGAUGACUUACCUAUUGAGUAUGAUGACUGUAAAAGCUUACCUCAGAAGGAGAGAGGUGAUGACUUACUUAUUGAGUAUGAUGACUGUAAAAGCUUACCUCAGAAGGAGAGAGGUGCCUGCUCCCUCGACUAAAUCAGGGAAGAAAAUCCAGAUGGGAUCGAAACAACCGACCAGUGAAGAGAUAGACAAAAUUAGCAAAGAAGAGAAUCUACUGAAACAAAAACAGACACUUAAAAAAACUCCUGAAUUUGGCAAUAUUGCAGAGUCAGUGAUUGAGAAUACUCUGCUAAACAUCAUGUCUGAAGCGCUGAUGGAAGAGUUCAACAUUACAGCACGGCCAAGGUUUAUAGCUUUACCCAAGCGCACAGCUUCAGCUCAGAGCAAAGCAGCUAAAUAA